AUGGAGAGCGGAGAUCGGAUUUGGAUUAUUGACCGGGCGGCGGCGGGGUGGAUCGAUGUUGCAGGUUCCAGGUUUGCAUGCAAGGAUGGGACGGGACCAAACCGAAGGGCAGGCUAUGGCUGUUUGGGCGGCCAAUUAGUGUGCGGCAAGGACGACAUUCACGGACAUUGGUCGCCAAAGGGAAGGACCGCAGGCUGGAUGGUGUUAUGCAGGGAGGCGCCCGAGGGUGAGAUGGAUGGUGCGGUCGGUGGACGUGGCCGGUGGAAGCGGAAGAAGAGAUGA